CGAGGAGUGGGCGGAGCCUGGCCGUCCCACCAUCGAAUCCCGAGGCGUCAGACGCCUCCCCGGGUCCUAGCGCCCUUCUCUUCCCAGACAGAAAAGGCCGUGCCGCCGCGCGUCUUGCCCAACGGGACUUCCCUCCGCCCGUGUAUCAGGGACAAGCAGGAAAUUGAGCCUGAAGUGUGGAAUUGUACCCUCAAUGGCACCUUGAUGAUGUUGAAGCCGUGACAAUGAAAAAUACCUAACCAAAUUUCAAAGCAGUUUAAGUUGUUUCGUCUAAUGCAAUGACCCAGCAACCCCAAGAUGAAUUUGACAGCAGUGUGGAGCAGGCAUUAGACUGGAUGAAGACUAUCCAUGAGAGACUAAAGAUCAAUGACAAUACCAAAGGGCCCCGAUCUGCCUUGGAGGCUAGGCUGAGGGACACAGAGAAAAUCCAUGCGUUGAAACCGGAAGGCCAAUUGAAAAUGGAUUUGGUUCUAAUGAAGGCUAAUGCUCUCCUGCAGUGCACCAGUGAAGAGAAAAAACAUGAUAUAUUAUUCAAACUGAAGGAUAUUAAAGCUAUGUGGGAAGAAACAGCCAUAUACAUUACACAUUGUCACAGUCGUAUUGAAUGGGUUUGGUUGCACUGGAGCGAAUACUUGAAGGCCCAGGAUGAAUUCUAUGUGUGGAUUCACAACAUGAAGGUGACCUUGGAGCCAGACAUAGAACUACAGCUUGGUUUCAAGGAGAAGCAGUGGCAGCUCAGCCAUGCUCAAGUCCUGCUGAACGACGUGGUAAAUCAGGCAGCUCUGCUAGAACGGCUACUAGAGGAGGCCAAUUCCCUGUAUAACCGGAUUGGAGAUCCAAGUGUGGAUGAAGAUAUCCAGAAGAAAAUGAAGGAAGAAUAUGAAGAGGUCAAGAAUGAAGCGCAGAGAAGAGUGGGACUGCUAGAAAAGAUAACAAAAGAACACGAGCGAUAUAAGAGCAACAUCGACCAGUUUCAUUUGUGGCUGACCCAGGUGACAGAAAGAUUAAACGGCUGCCUUAGCCAAGAAGCAAAAUUGCCGGCAGAAAAUAGAAUUAAGGCCUUGCAGGAUAUUGCCAAAGACGUAAAGAGUGGGGAAAAGAAACUGAGGUAUCUUGAGGCUCAGUCUGUUGGGGUGAUGCAAAACACCUCCCCACUGGGAGCAGAGAAGAUAAAGACUGACUUGGAAGAUCUGAAAAAAGCCCUCGAAAAGCUGAAAGUGGUGGGCGCUGAGGAAGAGGAGAGAUUGCUAAAAAGCCUUAAGUCGGAAAAUGCCUAUCACACACAGGCCAGGUUGCUGGAAGCUGAAGUCCAGGAGUUUCGUAAAAGCCUGCAGAGGCUGGGAAGCACCUUAGAGCCCAAUGAUGGCGCAAGAAGCGAAGAUGACUUAAUUGCUCUCUGGAGAAAAUGUAAGGCAACAAGGGGAGCCCUUCCAGCAGAGGAAUCAAAAGCUGAAAGACUGAAGACUCAGCUUAAGGAGUUGUUCAGGUUUUCACAAGACAUGCAGCCUCUUUCUGACAGUGUGAUUCGUGCAAUAUGUGAAUAUCAAAGCCUGAAGGGAAAGACAUACAAAAUGAGUUCUGAAACUGAAACGGAGUUGAGGCAACGCUUCCAAAAUCCUCUGAGGGAGUUCCAGCUGUGGAAACAAUCAGUACAGAGACUACUGGACAACACUGCAGAUGUUUCAGAUCCUUCCUUGACACUUCCAUUCUUGCAUCAGAUUGAGGGAUUUCUGGCUGAAUGCUCCCACUUUAAGGAGCAAUUCCUGAUGUUGCAGUUGAAAAAAGAUUUCCUGAGUAAUAUUUUUGAGGAGGAAAGAGCAAAGUCACUCUUGGUGGAGGCAACUGAUGCCAUGAAGGAAGCAGAACACCUGCACAAAGACCUCCUUCAGAUGAAAAGCAGAUUGCAGGCUUUAGUGUCUCAGCAUAAAGACUUUGGCACAGUCUUUGAGCAGUUGCAAAAGAUGUUGUCUGCUCUCAGAACCAAAUUAGAUGCAGAGAAGGAACCAUUGACUGAUCUGACAGCCAAAGAAGCUCGACUACAAAGGCUACAGAUCAUCAAUGGAGAUGUGGCAGAGUGUGGUGUUCAAAUGGAUGAACUGGAGAAACUUGUUCAGCUAGACCCAACACAGAAGCAUAAAAUGAAGCUGCUUUCUUCUGAACAUCAACUUCUGAAGAGAUCUCUGGAGACCAUCACAGCACAGAGUAAGCAGCAUGUUCAAGACCACUGGACUUUCAAUAACAAAUCGACAGAUCUCUGGCAGUGGCUCACAGUAACCAAACAAAAGCUGGACUCUUGUUGGGGUGCCAAUGAUGGGUGGAAAACUAAUGAUUUGGAGAGACUUCAAAUGGAGUUUCCAGAUAAAGAGAACCAACUGCAGUUUAUUGAGGCCAAAGGAGAAUUAGUUGCAGCAAACUCUUCUUCAGAAGGGGCUGAAAAUGUUGAGAAAGAAGUGAAAAAGCUGUUGAAAACCUUUGAGUCUCUUGAAAACAUGAUGACAAGGUUCACGCAGAAAAUCCAUCCAAACAGGACAGCAAUAGACGUGCGCAAGAAGAUAACAUUCUCCAACAACAAACCAGCGCAAGGCUUUUUUAUUCACUCUACAGAUGUUCCCAGCCAAUACUGGAAGGACACAGCCCAAGAUGAAGAGUCUAAUGGCCUACAACUCAUUAAAAAUUUUGAACAAUGGUUGCAAGGGGAAAAUGCCCGUUUGUCCAAAAUUCUUGCCACUAAACCAUCCAGCAGUGAAGAAUUGAAUGCAAGGCACAGCAAGCUAAAGGAACUUCAGUCUCGGGUUCCUGAGGGACAGCAUCACUUUGAAGAUCUCCUGCGUCUUCAGCCCAUUGUCCGGAGCUCUGAAGAACUGGAAGACUUGCGGUACCGAUGGAUGCUCUACAAAUCAAAAUUGCAUGAUUCAUUGAUGACAAGUUCUUUAGAAGAGCCAAUAGCAUUCAGAAAGGGAAAACCAACUGGAGUAUGCUCUUUUCUACGUCGUGUCUGCUGUGCAGCUUUGCCUCUUCAGCUGCUCUUGUUGUUUCUGCUACUCCUUGCCUUCCUGCUUCCUCUAGCAGAGGAAACACACAGUUGCAAACUGGCCAACAACUUUGCACGCUCCUUCAACCUGAUGCUUAGAUAUGAGGGGCCACCACCAACUUAAGUUCCUCCAACACUCUCCUCAGGUGCCUUUGAGAAGACAGCUUGGACUGGCCGAGUUACUUUCCCCUCAAGAGUGUCUUCUUCUUCGGGUCCCCUUAGGCUCCAAAACAACUAGUAAGAGAUUUAACGUUAACUGGAAACUUGCUCGAAAUACCCAUAUUACCCAUUGUAUCCUCAGGCUGUAGAAAGGAAGUAAUCGUAUUUAGAGCUGAAAUUAUAUUUUUUAAAAUAUAUGGCUAUAUUUAUACUGUAUAUAUGAUUUUUAUAUAUGUAUAUCUCAAUGAAAGAUGUCCUGAAACCAGUAUUUUCAGUCUAAUCCUGCCAGUUUUUUAAAAAAAUCACUUAUGUUUUUGCUAAGUAACAAUACAUAGUUUUAACUAAGCCUUGCUGAGCACAAAAAUCAAAGUAAGGAUGUCACAAGGUGUGAUGACAAAUGUUGAGCUUGGUUUCCCAAAACGGCAGCCAUAUGUGAAAUUCCUUCUCCUUUACUUGUGAAUGUAUACUUCAGAAAUGCUAUAAGUGUUACCCGAUUAAAAACAUCUUUGUUGAUUAAUUAAUCUCUGGAAUCUGCAUAAACUCCCCCUGAAACCCACUAACUGUUAUUGGGCAAGUCACACUCUCUCAGUUUCGAAGGAGAGCAAUGGCAAAUGCCCUCUGAACAAAUCUUGCCAAGAAAACCAUUUGAUACUAUACAGAGUGUGUGCUCCCCUCACAAAAUUAUAUACACACUUAAAAGUUCAUAAUAGCAGGGGGUGACAAUUCCCUCUCAUCCCAAAAUUAAUACAACUUCUGCAAGAUAAAAAAUCACAGUAGUAGAGAGGUGUCACAAAAUUCCAUGAGAAACUUUAAAUGAGGUUUGCUGCAGUGCAUUGCUAUGCGGGGAUGACAAUUUGAAUAUCUCCCAUAAAAUUGUAAUUUCAGAUUGAAUUCAUUACUCUGAUUAAAUUAUUGUUAUAACGUUUAUUCUUCAAUAUAAAUGUAUUUACAUAACCAUCAAAUAAUCACUAUAGAUGUUAUAGUUCUUAAUUAUAUAUACAUUUUGGAGCACACUCUACAGUCAUUACAAGUAAUAUCUAUAUGUAUUUAAACAAUAUGUGUAUUUUUAAAUCUCACUCAUUUUCCAGAGCAUUUUUUCAAUUUUGAUCAAUUCAUCUAAAUAAUUAAUUAAUUAAACACUGCAACCCUAAAGAAAACGUUCUUUAUUUUAUUGGCUCCUAUAAAACCGCAAAAUCACAUCUUUUAAUGUUUGCAUGUUUACAUAUUAUGAAUAAAAAAAGGUUGCCAUUUUGGGUAUCAGCUAUAAGGUUCUCAUUGCAUCCUGUUCCACCAAAGUAUGAUAAGAGAUUAUCCAGGGAAUGCCUUACAGAAUGCCGUGAGGAAAAGUUAUUCAUAUAUUUAAGGCAAAAGCUGCUUUUUAAAGUGUGGGUGUUUCUAAUUAUUUUGUUUCCUUAGCAUUCUUAAUGUGGCCCAAUUAGGAAACCAGCAAAAUACUCAGUAGGUGCUUCAAAGAGAAGAGUAUAUGUGGAAUUUGGAGCCUUGUAAAGAGCAGAGAUCCAAAGCCUCCAGAAAUACACCUAUGUAUGGGAAAGUAUACGUUUUAUGCAGAGCUGAAAAAAAAAUUGUGUUGGCAGCUACAUCUUCAUCUGUCUCAUCUCAGUUUCUAAGUAGGCACAUAUUCUCAUGUAACUGUUCCUUGAUCGUAUGUCAUUCAGCACAUGUUGGAAUAGAACAUAAAAAACAGACUUUUCAUGUCUGGUCUCUCAGCUCAUUAUGGAAUAGAUCUGCAGAAAUGUGCAGCCAUUUGUUAUUUUUGCCUCAUGGGAACAUAAGACGAUCCCGUGGGACCAGACCAAAGGCCUACCUGAACCAGCAGUCACAAGUCAGUUACCUAUGGAAACCCCAUCAGCACAAUAAUGCCUUCUUACUCAGGUUCCUCAGCAACUGGUACUAAUACUGGAGCUAGCAUCCACCCCAUAGCUUUCCUAGUAAUACAAGUUGAGUAUCCAAUAUCCAAAAAGAGCUGGGACCAGAAGUAUUUUAGAUUUCAGAUUUUGGAAUAUUUGUACUUGCACAAUACAAUAAACAUAAAAUUUGUUUUAUAUAAACCUUGUACACUUAUUCUGAAGGUAAUUUUGUAAAACAUUUUAAUAGUUUUGUGCAUGAAACAAAGUUUGUACAAUGCACACUGAAUUAUCGGAAAGCAAGGAUGUUACAUUCUCAGCCACCCAUGUGGAUAAUUUUGGACUAUGGGCUAUUUUAGAUUUCAUAAUUUUGGAUUGGGCAUACUCAGCCUGUAUGUCAAAUGGCAUUUCUUUCAAAUCCAGUAGGGUGGGUGACCAUUACUUCAUCUUCAGUGCAUGAAUUCCACUGUUUAAUUGUGUGUUCUUUGAAAAAUAUAUUUCCAUUUCGUCUACUCUGAAUCUAUAGAUUCUGUUGAGAGGCUAAAAAAUGUCUCUUCAACCCAAACUCCUAUGAUACAACAUCUUUGGCUAUGUUGGCUAUGGCUAAUGAGACUUCAAUUUGCCAACCCCUGCUUUAUAUCUUACCUCAUUUUACAAAUACCUCUGUCCUUUCUCCCCUAAACCUAAAAAGGUCCCUUUCCUUAUGUAUAAGUUACUUUGCCUCUUUGAUCAUUUUAUUUGCUGUAUCAUACAGCUUUUCCAUUUUUGAAAUAACUUCAAACUACAUGACCUAGAACAACUCAUCAUUUUUCUUGCUUCACCACUCUCUUUUAUAGGGUGAUUCAGAACAGUUGUCAACCUGGAAUGCAUGUAGUACUCUCAAUGGAAAACCACUAUGCUGCUGCCAUUAUUUGGGGAAUGAAAUAUAGGAUGCCAUUUAAGGACACAGAAGGGAGGGGGAGUCCUGCCACCAGGUUAUGCAGGUGCAUUUGUGUGAAAAAGCAUAACUGAGGAUAGAGUCCUGUAUUAAGCACAAAGAUGCAAUUUGAAGAAUCGUUAAAUGUUACUUUAGACAUUGAUUGUUGGUUUUAAUGUAGUUGAGAUAGGGGGAAAGACAGAGAGAUACCUAUAUAGUUGGGAUGGGUUGUGGGUGACUCAAAUUCAGCUCCCCACUGAGCCAGGAAACUCAGGGAGGGAUUUCAAGCCAGGCACUUUAUCUCAACAUAAAUCUUGGGCUUUUCCAAAUUGAUCUAAAUAUGUGAUUUAUCACAAUAGAGUUUCCUGGGUUUUUCUGAGUUUUGUUGAUUGGUGUUACUUCUAUAUCUACUUUUCCAACUCUUGUAAGGAGUUUGUAGUGGUUGUUAUUGUUAAUUGCUGUCAAGUCAAUUUUGACUUAUGUCAAUCCUCUAAAAGAGAGACCUCCAAGCAACCUAUCAUUAAUAUCCCUGCUCAAGUCUUUUAUACCUGGGGCCAUGGCUUCCUUGGUUGAAUCUAUCUUUUCCUACUGCCAGUUAUCUUCCCACCCAUUAUAGCUUUUUCUUGUGUCAUGUCUUCUCUUUUUAAAUUCCCAUGUGUGUUGACAUUUAAAAGAAACUUUUGCAGCAAGUGUCAGGAAAUGUCAAAAUAGUUUGAGAAAUAGAAACAUAAUUUGGAUAUUUUUAUUUUCAAAAGCCCUGAGCAUCACAACUUUGUGACAUAUUUGUGGCAUCUGAAGAGUUCCUAAUCAUCUAGGCUUCUAAGCACAUUGUUCCCCUGUUUCCGGGAGAAUAUAUACAAAAAAGCAAGGAAGAAAGAAGGGUUAGAGGUACCUUAUUGGUCUCAAAAGUGCAGACAGUAAUAUAGUAUUUAAUAUUAUUUAUAUGGAUUUAUAUCUUCCCUUUUCCCCAAAAAAACAGAUGGAAUUCACAGAACAAAAAUUAGAAGCAAAACCAUUUAAACCUACAUCAAUCAUUCGUAUCUAUGUGUGUUCCUUCAAGUCAUAAAGUCAUUGAAUUAUGGCAACCCCAUGAAUUUCAUAGGAAUACUCAUGGGUAGUUUUGCCAGUUCUUCCUUCUGCAUGAUAACCUAGCACCUGAUACUGUGGUGAAUGGUCUCUCAUCUCAGUACUAACCAAGGCUGCUUAACACAAAAAAUCAGAUGGGAUUUGGUGUCUUUAGAGUAUAGAAAACAAGUUAACAAUGAAUUUUUGCCAUCUUUUUUGCACUCUGUUGUUUUGGGACUGCCAUUUGCUCCUUGAAGAACAGGACAUGAUGGUUUGCUACUCAUUUUUCAAGUCCAAGAAGCUGAAGCUUCUUUCAAAGACUGAAAGAGAUAGGAAGUUUUCUGUCACAAUUGAAGCCACCAAGGCUCAAGCAGAAUGAGAAUGGAAGAAGUAUUAUUUCAUCUGCUAUCUGGGCAUCAUCUGUUGACUGAAGCACUUGCCCCACUUUACCUAAUGGUAGGGCUGGCUCUGCUCCCAAAUUUUAAUCCCCCCUUUUUCAAAUGGUGACUUUCAAGUACCUCUGGACUGCUUCACUUCUUACAAGCAGCAAAUGUUUGUGCAGAGUCCGGUAUGAGAGAUGUGUCUGAAGGAGACAGUUGGGUUGUAGGUUGAUGGCAGGAGGCAUAACAGACAUUCUUUCCAUGCACAGAGGUCAAAACAAAAUAAAUGCAACAUCAUGUGAACAUUUCAAUGUUGUGCUAAUAGUUUCUUCAAAAAGGAAAAGAAAGAAGGAGGAGAGGCUAAAUUUGAAACACAUUUCCCCUUCUCUGGUUCCAGUGGAAAUUAUUCUUCUGAAUGUUAUGGUGAACCCAGAUUCUCCAGUGUUAUCCAAGAAGCCCACUGAAAUCAAGAAAUGGAGAGCGUGAAUCGUUAGUUGUAAUAAAUAAGCAAUUUGCAUGGAGCCACCUCAGACGGGGGAAAAGAAUGAAAAUGAGGGAAAGGGAAGUUCUCCUGUCCUACCACCCAACUUGAACUCCAGCCCCGCCACAAGGAUGAAGCAUUCAUUUAUACUUUUAAUUAUUAGUUGUGUCAAGCAAAAGCACCCAUUCAUACUUCUUAACCCAUCUGUUCCUUUCCAUGCCCCACUUUCAUAUUCUUUACACUGAACAGCCAACUUCCUCCUCCAUGCUGGAUGAAAUCAUCCAGUUGAACAGCAAAAAAGAGGGCAGGAAAAAGGGUAGAAUGAGGAAGGAGUUGAGUUACGGCAGAUCCGAGCCUCAUCCAGUCCUAAGACACAGACCCCCAUGGUGGCAUAAAUUAGGCUAGGGCUAGGAUAGUCCUAAAUAAUUUCCUCCACCCCCACCAUCACCCUGCAGCAUGGCUUUAACUCAGCUAGAGCUAGCUCCAUUGGCCCUUGACCAAUUGGGUAGUUAGAAGAUUACCUUAAACACAGAGUACAUACAUCUCUUUGCAGAAGUCUGAAAAAGAGAAAGCCUGGCAAGGACAGAGACUGCCAUGUAGGCAUGUCAGAGUGAAACCUCGAGACAUCUCUUGUCUUUUUCAUGACUGUAUAGGAGAGGGAAUUUCAACAGAUGUUGCUUAUUAUUUGGCUGCAUGACAAGCAACAUCUUCUUCUACACAGCCAUGAAAAUGACAAGCGAUGUCUUUUGUUUUCACUCUGACAACCCUACGGACAUGAAAUUCCUGCUAUAAAGUAAUGGCUGUGAUCUAUAAGUAAUGCUUUAAGAUAGCAAAGGAUAGAAAAAUUCUGUAUGGAACUCUUUCUCUUAGAGAUAGACAACUUUGGUAAUAAUUCCUCCUGACCUACUGUGGACCACAUGUCCACUGAAAAUGUGUGUGUGUUUCAAACCAAAAGUGUGACUUUUUGGGAUUUUUCACACCACACAGCACUAACAGCUACCAAAUUCUAUGGAUUCCUGGUGUUUGUAGUCUGAUAAAGAAAUAAAGCCUUUUGGCUGAGCAUUCCAUAUACUCCUCCGUAAACUACAAAUACCAGGAUUUCAUAAAAUGUUGCUAUUGUAGUUAUAAAUAAUGCUAUAAUUGCAUAUCAUGAAAGAGUCCCCAGGUUUGAAAGAGGGGCAUGAGAAUGAGGACCUGUACCUCAUUUUACAGGAGAAAUGCUCCUAGGAAUGUGAUAUCCCAUGUUUUGCCUAACAAAACCAAUAUUUUUAUAUUGGUGGAAGUGACUCCAACUGCUGCAAAAAUUCAAGGAGAGUCAUAGUUUUUAUGCUUGCCCACUUCUGCUUUGCUACAGUCUUUCUUGCAGGGACAUCCAUUGUUCCCCUGUUAUUGUUUGCUGUGCUGAUGGUUAACUAGCUAAGCAUGUACACUUUUUAAUGGAACACAGUAUUUCAAAAGAGACUUCCAUCCAAAUAGUUUAGUCUAAAAGUUGGUCUACUGUCACAAAAUCCCUCCAGCAAUUCUAGCUUUCACUACAAAUACAGAAUUGAACACUGAAGCACAAAAGAGGGGCAGGUUUGAUGAUGCAUGUCAAGUGCAUGGAAAUAGACAGAAACCGCAUAUUGAUGUUUGCAGCUACUCUUCACUGCACACUUUAUCUAGAAUCUAUUUUCUUGCUGGGGUGCUAUCACCUGUGCACAAAUGGGAUAGACCUCAAUGGGCAAAGCAUUCAGAGAAGAUGAAUUUUCUGUCAUUUUAAUGCAAAUAUACUUUCUCUCUACAAUUCAGAAUGAUUAUGUAUGUAAAUUGCACUGCUCAAGGCACUAAAGAAUACCAAAAAAAAGUGAAAUCUGAAAAGCGACUUUUGUGGAUUUUUUCCUUCUAUGUUUUUUUUUUUUAAAUCCUCACUUUGGAUGACUAAGUUCUCCCCUGAGAAGCCUGCUAGGUGAAAUGAACAUAUCUUGUGAACAGUCCAAGGGAAAAAAACAGCCCCAGUCUUUGAAAGACCUUGAUCUAAUAUAUGAGUUGUAGAUGACCAUGGCACAAUGAAGUAGAAAAUCAUUCUUGUGCUUCGUAGCCAUUUGCAGGAAUUAGCAUAGUUUUAACCAGCAAUGUUGAUUAUAUUAAAGUCUGUUGAAAACAGGAUUUGCAGUGGAUAAAAUGCAUUUACUUAUGUGAAAAAAGCUCAGAAACAUGAGUGCAGAGCCUACAUGUAGAAGAAUUAGGAUCAGGAAACUUUCUACAACUUGGAUUCCUCCUGUCAUGUUGGACUACAAUGUUCAUUGCCCCCAGGCAGCUAGCAGUAAACAAAAUUGGUCAAGAUCCCAUUUCUUAAAAAAUAUCUAAUAAAAAUGAACCAAAAAAAUUUCAUUAGCAAUCUACAUGACCCUAUUUCAAAAACAAAAAACAAAACAGAUAUACAGUAUUAUGCUUUCCAAAAUUUUAUUGUCUGUACUUACUGUUAGCUGUUAAAACAAGAAGCCACAAACAUGGUUGAAAAUACAAGGUUUCAGAAUAGAUGUUUCAGAACCAAGCACUCAAAUCCAUCUGUUUUAUUCAUUUAAAAAAUAUGUGAAGAUCUUUCCCUUUUGUUUUUGAAAAAUGCAAUUUUUGUGUAAAAAUUACAUAAAACAAUCAAACUAGACAACAUUCUUACCCAUCUGUACCCAGAUGUACUUUAAGAAAAACAUUCAACAUAAAGCUUGUUUUUCUCUUUGUUUGCAUUCUCUAUCAGUGGUACUUUUUCAUAAUAUGUAAUAUUGCUUAUCUAGCAUAGUUUACUGAAGAGCUUUGAAAAGUUUCCAGUAGCCUAUACCAGAGGUAGAAUGCAUGCAGCCUUCCAGCUGAUUGUGUGACUGUUUCCCAGCAUACUGAGACUUUGCAGUUAAACAACUGUAUAAUUCCUACCCCAUGUUGUACAUGCAGGAGAAAUGAGAAUCCGGAACCAUGCACAAAUCCACCUGACCACCCAAUUUAGAUCAAUAAAGUCACUGUUAACAAGGAACUAGGUAAUGUCAGAUUACUAAACAUUAUCGGAGUUAAAUCUGCAGAGAAUAGUAUUAAAGCAGCUUUGCAACAUCCAUUUUCAGUAAGGGGCUGCCAUGAUGUUAUUACAUAGGAGAGCCAACAAAAGAGAUUGUUGCAUUUUAGGGUCGAUGUGCAUAGGAACUGAUGUGCCUUGGGCACCAAUGUGCACCAAUGCACCAGGCACCCCCAGUGCCCACCUGGACAACAACUAGGGACAGCCAUUGUUCAUUGCUGGGACCCAAUAUUGAUCAAGACACUGGCUAAAGAGUGCCGACAUGCAUUGGGACACUCUUGCUGGUGUCCAGAUAUAUAUCUUUGCAAUUCACUAGGAGGGUUCUGUAAUAUCUCAGCUACAUAGCUAAAUAUUCAUAAAGUCAUGUCCCAUAUACCUCAAUGUAGAAUCAUGGCCAACCUAUUUUGGUGCUAGGCAGUUUUAAAUAUCCUUAUAUUAUCACAGAGUUGGAAGAGAUCACAAGGGGCAUCUAGACCAAUCCCCUGCCAUGCAGGAACACACAGUCAAAGCACACCUGACAUAUGUGUCACAGUUUAUUUGAUUUUCAUAAAACCACAAUCCCAGUGUGUUGUCUCUGAUGGAAGUAUCGACUCCCCCAUAAACUAUUUUCUCUCCCAUAUUUAAUUGCCGCGGCAAAACAAUCAGGUAGAGGGCUUAAGGUUUUUGUUUUUUUAAAAAAAAUAUUCUGAUCCUGAAAGAAAUACUUCAAAGGCAAUCCUUCUACCAUAACUGCUUUUGGGAUCCUUUCCCUCUGCGAAAAAGGUGAUGCUAAAGUGCAGACAAAAUUGCAGUCUAGCGAGCCAGUGUGCUUUUGCUGUUGAUUAGACUGAGUGUACAUUGGAAGCCGGCUUGUGGGUUGCUCCAGCCAACAAUCUGUGACUGAAAAAUAGACCUAUUAGCCCAGUGAACUAUAAGGGGAGGGUCACCUGAGGCCAACAGACAAGUCCAGCUUAGUGUUCCAUAUAUCAGCUGGCUUUGAGAUAUUUCACUUCACUGCAUUAAUCCAGCAGCUGUUGCUACUGCUGCUCAGCUUCUCUCUCAUUUUGUCUUCCAAAACCAAAGGAUGGUUUGUUCGCUGAGGCUAUGAGCAUUUUAGCAGCUGCUCUAGCCUUUAAUCCUCUCCACGGAUGUGGUGGUUUUCAAAUAUUGCACUAGCCAUCUUAUAUUACGUCUAGCUAUACAGAGCGAGAGAUUGACUAUGUGGAAUUAAAUAAUUGUGCUUUUAAGGUCAAUGUAGUCAACCAUUUUAAUGCAGACAGGCAUAUACAGACCCUCUUCUUUUCUCCAUUGGUGUAUGCAAAAAAAAUUAAAUAUACAGCAAUCUUUAUGCAGGAUGGAGCAUAGUAUUCAGACUUUAUAAAAAAUAAAUAAAAUAAAUCAGCUUUAGUUCUGUUUAAUUUAACAUUUGAGCAUGUGUUUACUAAAGCAUUAUCAGUAGUCCCUAAAGGAAAAGGCUUAUCUUUAGAAAUGCAGAACCUGGCCUGCAGUCUAAAUGGCACCAUCGUAAUUGCACUUGGGAUUCACAAGCAGCCCAUUGUUAUUCUCUUCGCUUUGGCAAUUGUAAAUACUAACCCACCACUGCCUCCUUUAAAUGAGAGAGUCAACAUGGUGUAAUGAGUUGAGUGAUGACUAGGACUUGGGAGAUCAAGUUUUGAAUCUUUGAAUUUCUCGUCUUUAGAGGGAGACAACAGGAAACCUUUCUCUGGAUAAACCUUGCUGGGAAAACUCCAUGAUAGGUUUGUCUCCAGUUGCUGGAAGUCAGAAACUACAGCAGCAAACCCUGUAAAACAUUUAUGAGAAGGGAAAGAAAGAUGAGGAAAGGAAAUGGAAUUUUAAUUAUGUCAAAGCUUGGGAAAGUUAUGGAUUGGACUCCAAGAAAACUCCACCAAGCAUGGUUAGAGUAGUCUGGAAGUCAUACUCCAAAAAGUACCUUUCCAAAAGCCAAUUGUAAGAUUGGAGUCAGACAACUGAAGAAUCAUCAAGGUCUUCAACUUCCAUGUAUAAAUAAAAAGCAGAAAACUAUGAUUAACUUAGAGAAGAGAAGACUUAAAAGGUAAUGUCAUAGCCAUCUUAAUACAGUGAUCUUUGUGCAUUAAUCUAAAGUAUUUCUAUAUCUCUAAUGUGGAGGUAGAUUGCUAUAGCCAGUUCCUUUUUCAUACAGGUUUAUUCCAUCCCCUCACUCCAGGAUUAAUUUUUGAAAUAGUACUUUGAAAAUAGAGUCAUGGUGGUGCAGCAGUUAAACCGCUGAGCAACUGAACUUGCUAACCGAAAGGUUGGCAGUUUGAAUCCACGGGACAGGAUGAGCUCCCACCAUUAGUCCAAGCUUCUGCCAACCUAGCAGUUCGAAAACAUGCAAGUGUGAGUAAUUCAAUAGGUACUGCAUCAGAGGGAAAGUAAUGGGGCCCCAUGCAGUCAUGUCGGCUACAUCAUCUAGGAGGUGUUUAUGGACAACACUGGCUCUUUGGCUUAGAAAUGGAAAUGAGCACCACCCCCCAGAGUUGGAUGCGACUAGACUUAAUUUCAAAGGAAAACCUUUAUCUUUAACUUUACUUCGAAAAUGGUACUUAGAAUUCUAGCCCUCCUUGAUCCCAAAUAACUACAACCAGUUUAAGUCAUUGGUGCCUAAUUCAUUUCUCUGAAAUUUAACAAUCCAAAAGAACGUCAUGUAGAAGAUGAAACCACUUGUUUUCUGUUUCUCCAGAGACUGGACUGAGAUAGAUUCAAAUUAUAAGAAAAUGGAUUCCACUGAAAUAUAUAGCAAUAACCUCUGUACUGUAAAAACUGUUUAACAGUGAAAUAGAUUUCCUUGGAGAAUGUUUGGCUCCUUCAAAUAUAGGAGGCAUUUUUCAGGAAUGCUUUAAUUAUAAUUUAAUGGUGGUGGGCUUGAUUAGAUGGCCUUUAUGAUCCCUUCCAACUCAAAAAAUCUAUGAUUCUAAACAUCCAGUGUGUCAGCACCUCUCAUUACAGAAACCCAUUAGAAAAAAUAUUACAGACAGAAGUUUCCCAUGUUUUUUCUUUAACAUUCUUGUUACAACCUAUUUCACUCAGCAUUAGUUUUCUAUCAUACAUUAGCCUAAAAUGUCCCAACAGAAAUAUCUCAGUAUCCAAAUAUGUAAACCACUUCUCAUUGAUUCUUUAUUUUGUGUUGACCCUGCUCCUGUUUACAGAUAACAACAUAAACAGUGAUUGUCCCUUGAAAUGGUAUUCUGAAAUUAAAAGAUGCUAGGAUCCUAUGGUACUUUAAAGAUUAGUAAGUUAAUUGUAUUCUGAGAUGAUACUGAUGACUUGCCAAAAUAAUUAGCUCUGGCUAUGGAAGUUCAUAUAUUUGAAUAUAUUUUAAGUUAUUGAUUUUACCCCAUUGUUUUCCAUUAGUAAUCCUGCUUUGUUUCCCCACCAUUUUUGUUGUCUCUUUCCUUACCAUUAAAAAAUAAAGUGAAAAGGAAAUAUGAAAUAGUGAUGAUGAUAAUAAAAGCCAUUCAUGCAAAAGAACUGUUUGUUUUGGUGCAUGAAAAAAAGUGUUUCUAUUUCUGGAACAUAGAAACUGCACAAAUCUCUCUUGAGAACUGGAUUGUGGUUACCAAAUGCUGGAAGUUCAUAAUGCACAGUAUGAUAUGAAUCCAACAAACUGUCAAACCCACAUCUUUUGUGAGAUUGUAAGCAAUGUUAUUGUAAUAAAUUCUAGAGAAAAUAUGGUAUUGAAUGUGAGCACAGCUCCUUCCAAAGUAACGUGACGGUGCUUAUGCUGUAGUACAACUUAAAAUCAUUUUCAGAACUGCAUUUGUUGCAAGCAGACAAGAAACAAUAUACUCUAUAUUUUAGUGUCAACUGCAAGCCAUAUGAAUGUACUAAUUUUGCUGUUUCUUCAAAUAGAUGUGUGUCAUUUCAGAGAAAGGGAGCAGGUUAGAGAGGUGAUCACUGACUAGCUUGGCUUAAUGACAGAGUAGUUGCUUCACAUGCAAAAGAUCCCAGGUUCGGUCCUUGGCAUUGAUGGGGGAUUGGGAUGCAAAGGUCUGAAAUCCUGGAGCGCAGCUGCUACUGUGUUUCCUUGAAAAUAAGACAGUGUCUUAUAUUAAUUUUGCUCCCAAUGACACACUAGGUCUUAUUUUCAGAUGAUGUCUUAUUUUGCUCCCUCCUCCGCCAAGGAAGGUUCAUGUGGCGCAAAGGAGAAGGAGGGAAAGGUGCGCACCUUUCGCUCCUUCUUCUUUGUGCAGCACUCGCCUUCCUCAGCGGCAGCUGCUCCCUCCUCCUAGGUUUUACUUUUGGGGGAUCUUAUAUUUGGCAAUUCACCAAAACUCUACUAGGUCUUAUUUUUAGGGGAUGUCUUGUUUUCGGGAAAACAUGGUAGUCAGCAUACAUCAGGGAUAGAGCUUAUAACAGAUGCUUAUGAACCACUACAGCCAUUAUUCCUCACCAUUGAGCACUAUGCUGGGACUAAUGGAAAAUAUAGUCCAACAAGAUCAGGAGGUCCAUAGGUUCCUAAAACCAGUGUUGCCAUCAUUGUAGGUGAUCCCUCGUGGCUGAGUAUGAUUGUCUUCCAGAAGUAGAGACCUAUUCUGGAUCUGCACGGUCUAUCACCUUGAGGACUUCAGUUUCCAAACGGAAGGUGGUCCUAACAGGGAUUUGCUCGAUGUGCCUUCCUCUUGGCACAUUUCUCCCUUUCAUCCACUGUGUUAUAAUGGGUGGACCAAAAGUCUAACUGGCUAUAAGACUACUUUUUAUGUAUCUUCCACAUAUGAAAUCAUAUUUCCUGUAUUGCAACUCCUAUAAGCAAUAAGAUGUGUUAUCCUGAAUAAGAUUGAUAUCUUAUCUUGCCCAGAAAUUAUCUCCACAAUCUCAGGUGGAUGUAUUUUUCAAUCUGAUGCUCUCUUGAAUUGGAGAUGCUGUAGAUUGGAGCAGGGACAUUAUGUACACACACAAGAGCUACAAUCCUACUUUCCAAGUUCCCCUAUAAUUCUACAUCAUCUCAUUCUAAAGGACACAUAAAUAUUCACAACCAAUAUAUGCCACUGUGAAACUGUUUUAACUGUCCCAGCUUUCUCCCAACAAUUCUGGGUCUUGUGUCACUUGUUGGGAAAGAAAGCUGCAAACUGCACAAAGGGAUUCCAUAAGUCCAUUCAAAUGCAAUGACUGUUCUGAAGAGGCCUUGAUUGUAGCAAACUCUGUCAUUUUAAUCUGGUUUUGGCCUGUAGUAUAGACAAACCCUGUUGCACAAUGCAAGUGGACAGCUGGAGAACACAAGCUGCUGGAGCUUAGGAGAACUUGCGUGGUUCAAGGAACAGCUUAGUAAAACAAUCCAGAUGGCUGAAGCAAUUGUGCAUAUUCUUUCGCUUUCCUUUAGCAAUCCUGAUCUCCGUAACCAUAGGCUACCAGAAUAAAAACUCAGCCAACCUUCUCCAUUUUCUAUAUUAGCCCUCCAUGUAUCUAUAGACAAACACACAUACUUCAGGGACCACUUCCUUUCCUCUGUCAUAUGGCAUGUAAUUUUUGAAAAGCAUUUGUAGUGAAUUAGGCUCAUUUAAGGUAAACAGUAGUGUAGCCAAAGAACUGUCUCUCUACACAUGUGUAAGCUAUCACAGUUUAUAUCUGCUCUGAAACAGAUUUGGUGUAGCAGACCUUUCCUUCACCUUUCCAGCUUGAUAGAGAGAAAUGUGGACCAGCCUAAUUCUUUCUUUAAACUGAGGUCUUUUGAAGUGUUGCACUUAAAAAAUAAUAAUAAAGAAGACGUUUCUGUGCUUGCAUUUAAUGUACCUGUGUGAGUUAUUUUGUAAAUGGCUAUUUGCUUCAUGUUGAGAACUUUAAAAAAAUACAUCUAUAUUUUUAUUCUAAUAAAUGUUUGGGAGUUUGUAAA